CAGGACAUACAAUACAGAGUAUAAAGAUCUAAUGUCGAGAUAUCUAAGAUUGACACAGACAGACGUAUGCUACCGAACAUUCUCAGUUUCCAUCCAUAUAAUUUUGCAUAUACAUUUGAAAAUUCAAUUUCGCAAAAACAAAAGCAAACAAAAAUAUGGACAAAUGGGAUUGGAAUAAAAAAUGAACCAAGUACGUACUCCAAAUAAAAAGGCUUUUUCGUUUAAUUUUUUAUAAUUUGUUUCAUGCACGUACCGAGGAUAUUAUAUGUUUUGGACGGAACAGACGCAGUCACAAACCACAGACGACUGGAUCAUAUACUUGACUCUAUCAACUCGCUCACUGGAAUACAGAUAGAGCCAGAUUAAUGUAUGGGAAAUGACUUCUAACAAAGGUGGUAAUGGCGGACAUCCGAAUCGAAGAGAGGAAAUGUUAAAUGAUAAAUAUAAUAAAAACCUGCAGAGUGCGAAAGGAAGAGUUGAUUUCUAGAAUGAUCAAUAAUGACAUGGGUUGAUAAAUACAAGGCGGAAAUGGUGCUUAUGACUGCGGUUAAAGGCAGAGACAGUAAACAAGUGAGUCUAGUGUUCGCUACGGUCAAGAAUAGAUUAUGUAGCCAAGGGAAACAAAGUAAAGUCAUGCAGUAGUUCGAGAGAUGUAACACAGAUUAUGAACCGCUAAGGUGUGGUGGGAAUCGUGGUGUUUUGAAGAAGUGGGUGGGUGUAUUUUUCGUUGACGAACAUCAAGCAUCGAUAUCAGCACUAAUGAGAAAUGAUUUCAAAUUUAUAGAAAGUACAUGAAGUAAAGAAAUAGAUUUGUAUACCAUCUUUUCGUCCAUAUAGUGUUAUACUUCUCUGCCGCAAGCGAAAUAAUUCGAAACAGAACAUCCAAUCAGAUGCCUCAUUACCAGGUUACCAUCCACCAAUGAAAACCCGUGUUUGCCCUACUAGAUCAUUAUCACUUUAUAAUAUUCCUUUGAAAUUAAAUCCACUUGAUUUUCUUUCUAGUCAUCAUGUAAGUAGUUGGUGUCAGGGUAUUUAGACUUAGUUCCUAAAUCUAAACCGUUUGGAAUUAGUUCAGUUGUAUAAGAAGAAAUACGGAAAGAUUUUGCCACUAAUGAGGAACUACACACCUUCUUAUAUAUCAACUAUAUAUCUUCAUUAGAGCAUAUAUUGUUUGAGCACUCAAGUCAUUGUUACGCUGACAAUGUUUUGGUAGUGACAGAGCUUUAGCUUGAGUGAAGUUUGAACUGUCUUCUAUACGAACCCACAUUUAGUGCAGGACUCAGAACUUGAGGUACGUGAACACGCUGCAUAUUUCAAAGGAAAAAACUAGAGCCCUUUCAUAAUACAGUUCACCUAAUACCUACUCAACUUGACGCAUAUAUUUACCGGAUUCAGGAAGUUUCAUAUCUUUUAAGUCAGGCCCUUUUGAAAAAGUAUUAAUAGACGUCAGUAGAAAGCCAAACAAAGACGACGGGCAGGUGAUUCAAUCUCUCUUGACAUCAUCUAUUUGAUCUGACAAAAAACAAGAUAAAAUGACGAGCGGCAAAAAGAAAUUAGUUUCACUGAAAUGAGCGGCAUCAAAAGCAGAGGAAACGUUGGAAAAUACUUUACAUUGUCGAUAGCGCUUAUAAGGAGGUUCUACUCUGCGCGUCAUCUUGUCUACAACUCAUUCAAGACCUCUCGAGAAAGGCACAUAGGUUUACACGGCCGAACUAAGAAGAGAGAUUCUCGCGAAGAACAUGAACGACCAAAACCAAACAAGCGUUGUUCGGUGUGGCUAUGAAAUUCUUCAUAACAUCGAGUUAAGUGAUGGUGUAAUAUCAACAGCAGUCAUUAACUGUAUUAUCAAUGGACCUUCGGCAGUAACCGCACUUGUCUUCAACAGCGUUGUUCUGUAUGCAAUAUUGAAAGAAACAAGUCUUCGUUCCAAUGCCAAUUACCUUCUCGCGUGGUUGACUGUUACUGAUGUUCUUGUUGGUGCCAUAGUCCAACCUUUGAAUAUUGUGGCACACAUUGAAAUUCUCAUUGAACAACGAACCUGUGGCAUCAAUGGUACAUAUGACAGCGUCAAGUUUCUUUGUUCCAUGAUGUCAGUCAUGACAGCACUCUUCAUCAGCUGUGACCGUUGCAUUGCCAUUCUUUUCCCCUUCAAGUACAAUCGAUGGGUCACUGCCACCAAGAUAUUCAUUGUUCUCAUCCUCGCUUGGUUAAUGUGGAUCAUCCUCGUUGCUUCCUGGACACUUGGCUUGGCUGGCGCUUACGUUCAGUUGGUCUGCGUAUCUGUCAUGAUUAUAACAUUCGUUAUUCUCUCUUUCAUUUACGCGAAGAUGAUCAAGCUGGCCAAACAGCAUCAACAUCAGAUAAAUUCCCAACAACCGUCCGAUCAACCACCAAAUCAAGACGUCGCAAGGCAGAGGAAAGCUUUAAAGACGGCUGUCUUUACGAUAGGAGCACUAAUGGCCUGCUAUCUUCCCAUAGUUAUAGUGGUUAUUGUAGAUAUAAUCCUGAACCAUAGACUUUCUUACAGCACCAGAUACAUAGUUGCAUCCUUUGCAGAGACACUCGUUCACAUCAACUCCACUCUAAACCCUAUUAUCUACUGCUUAAGAAGCAGAGAAAUAAGAGCGGCAGUCUUCAAGGUUUUGACCGUCUGUGAAAACGGCCAACGAAUUGCAAGAUCUUUAUCCAAAAUAACCACGACAACCAGAGCACAACCCGCUCAGCAAAUGGAUGAGCGACCUGCAAAUCUACCCAGUCGAGUUGAGAACAACAAUGCUGAUGAAGUUGAUGAAGUACAGCAGAAAGUUUGAUCAUUGAUUGACACUUGCAACAGCGAAAAAACUGAGAAAUUACUCAACAAAAUGCGCACAAAAAUGGAGAGAAGAUGACACGAGAUGAUGCUCCUAUCAACAGCUAUAAUGUAGAGGGUUGCUCAGUAAAACGGUAUUUAUUAUGGUCAACUGAAUGGAGAAUGUAAUUGUGGAUGGAAUGUGAACGAUGUUSACUGCUUACUCGCAACAUUUCAUAGAAACAAGAGAUUCAAGCCUACAAAGAACCCUUUCAAGGAAUCCCUCUAUCUCAUCAGUCCAUCAGAUCGGCUUAACAGCAUAAGCUCAAUAUAAUCGUAGAAUUGUUUAUAGUAAUAUUCGAAAUACCGGAUUAUAUUUUUUGUUACAAUUAUUUCAAAUGUCUUAUUUUGUCUAUUUGAAUUCAAAAUGGAAUAAGAAAAUUAACAUUACGAUCUCAGACAUCAAAAUAUCGUAAGGCGAGUAUUUUAAAGGAGCUAUUUAUAAAUAAUUAUGAUAAUCUUGUAAAGGGAGUUACAGUACUACAACAAAAUCAAGGAAUACAUUUGUUUAUUUUUAUGGUACGAGAUAGAUUACCCUGCGAGGGAAUCUCCUCAAUUUCAGUUUACCUCUCCAAGAGCACACGAGAGACUGAAAUUCAAGGGAGACUCUUCCAAGCAGAGUAGAGCCGAUGGAUGCGAGCUUUAGGUCUUUGUCAAGAGAAUAUGAACUAAGAGAAGGAAUCCCCGUGCCCCAUCAUGUAGUAUCUGACCAACGAAGUGUUCAACAGCUUUAGGGGCAGACUGGGGACCGACUAAUAUUGAUCACUGGCUGCGGAGACUCCGAAGUCGUCAUGUUGAUUAGAACUUGAAGUGACUGUUACAGGGCAUAGUAUAUGACACGUAUAUAGUUGAAUAUAUUGAUGUCUAGCAUUAAAAAAGGUAAAUUACGAAGGCUAAGAGUACUUAUGGUCAUCAGUGAACCGGAGUAGCUGGAGAGGAUAKAUAUAGUUUUGCUCUAAUGGCAGGAAAGCAUGCACCGACAACACGUUCACAGUAUGAUGGUAGGYCAAUGUGAAGUGAUCGGAGAGUGCGAUGRACAGCUAGUGAUAUGUCUGUUUAUGUAGUGUGGUAUGAUUUAUUUAGUAUCUUAUUUUAUAGAUGGUACGAUGGCUAGAAUCAGUGCCAUGGUACUUGGUAUACCGAGAUCAAUAGUAUAUAUCCCUUUGUCCUUCCGUGUGUACUCAGAACUAACAAUGAGGUAGAUGUUUUACAAAUGUAUUCUUCUCUAUGGAUCUGUUGCAACACUACGCCUUUCAUGUGUACCCACAAAAAGGACCGUAAUUAGCUCCAGUGAAUUCGCCGACAUUCGACGGUAUUUUUGYGUUUGUUCUAUACAGAGACUCAGCUCUUUCUUACACCGAUCAAGACAUACUUUAGCUUGUCUGAUAAAUUUUCAAAAGCCCAUUUACCAACAUCGCGCACAGUUCUAUACAGAGACUCAGCUCUUUCUUACACCGAUCAAGACAUACUUUAGCUUGUCUGAUUAAUUUUCAAAAGCCCAUUUACCAACAUCGCGCACAGGAAGAAAGAAAAGGAAGUAAUAUCACCUUUGAUCCAAAAAAAAGCGCGCCCAAAUACCUAGAGGGCAAAAGGGAAGCAAACUUUCGAGUAUUAUUUGAGAACACCCAGCAUUAGGGUUUUGAAAUCCUAAGUAAAAUACCUUGUAACUACAUGAACCAACGUAAUCUGAGUUGUUUUCAAACUACGCAAUAUGAUUACUUAUGCCCAUUGGCGCCAAAACUACGCCAGCUGCCUGUGAAAAGACCAUAAGACCAUCUAAAGCCGUAAAACAGUGAAGUAUUUAUAUAACAAAGCAAACCYAAAUAAAGCUGACUUGAUUUAAGAACA